AUGUUUAUAGGUGCUGGUGUUUCUGUUGUGAAUGAUAUUAUUUAUGUUUGUGGUGGCUAUGAUGGUAAUGAACACCUGUCAACAGUUGAAUGUUAUAAUACGAACACUGGACAUUGGACAUCAUUACAGCACAUGAUAGUACCAAGAUGCUAUGUUGGAGCGUGUGUUUUGCAGGGAAAUCUGAUGGUUGUUGCUGGGUAUGUUUCACUAAAAUAA